GCCGAUGUAGAUCAUUUAACUAUCGAGGCACGUGACCAUAUGCCCCACCACCAGUUUGUUUUAAUCGUGAAGGUAUUGCGAGGGACGGCACUCUUGCCCACAUCAACAUCGCUUUCAGUUUGUUACUCUCCCACGACGGCCCUCCUUUUGGGACACUCGGCACUUGAUCGCCCUGUGUCUGAGCCACUAGACGCUUGAAACCUUUAUCGCUAUAUACGUUUUGGACUUAGCCAUGGCGCCAGAACGGUGGGACGAAGAGGAAGAGAGUAUCUCUCCUCCUGUGGUUGCCCGUCGCAGAUUCGAUGAUGAGGAAGAAGAAGAUGUCCUCGACUCAUGGGACGCCGCCGAAGAUUCCGAAGUAGAACGCGAAAAGGCAGCCAAAGCGGCCGAAGCCAAGGCUAAGGCCGACGCCGAGGCAGCUGCAAACAAGAAGAGCAAGGCUCAGCGGAUACAGGAACACAAGGAGGAGCGGAGAAAAAGGGCCGAGGAGGAAAGUUCGGAAAGCGACGAGGAUGAUGCAGAGAAGAGAGCCCGUCUGCGCCGCGCCCAGAAGGAAGCCGAUCUCAAGCAUGCUGAGGAUUUGUUCGGUGAUAUCGACCUCAACCGCAAUCGUGGAGCCCCCAAGGCUAUCGUCAUUAGUGAUUCGGCGGACCCGACGCAGGCCAUCGAUCUCUCAGCUAUGCCUCUGUUCAAGCCUACAACUAAGGACCAAUUCGCCCGUUUGACCUCUACUCUCAUCCCCCUCUUGACGCCCCACUCGAAGAAACCCCAGUAUGCGCUGUGGACGCAGGAAUUCACCAAGCAGCUUGUCAAGGAGCUGAACAGUGCCGAUGUCAAGAAAAUUGCUAGCAUCAUGACCACACUCAGCAAUGAGAAGAUGAGAGAGGAACGUGCCGCUGACAAGGGUAACAAGAAGACUAAGGCGGCCAAGACCAAGGUAUCGCUGGUUACUUCCAGAGACAAUAAGCUGGACUCUUAUGAUGAUGGUGAUGAUGGAUUGGGUGAUGACGAUUUCAUGUGAUCGGUCCUUUUCGUCUC